UGGUGGUAGGUGGAGUUGUUUCCAGUUUCCCAGUGGAAAGUCCGACUGGAUGGUUUUCCUGUGGAUUUAUCUGACUGGAAAGUCGGAAUUUUUCAAGUUCUCGGUAAACAGAUUCACGAUGUCAAACACCGGAAAGAAACACCGGAAACGGAAACCCAGCGGCCAUUCGCCUCCAGGCUGCGUCACUGUCUCCAGCUAUCCCGCUCCGGUUUUUCCUUCUUUUUGUGUUUCAUCAAGACGAAGGUUGAGGAUCGGGAAGGAGCGCCGCCACCCGACCAAAAGUCAGGACGACAAAGAUGGGGAGGAUGAGGAGGAAGAAGAAGAGCAAAGGCGAGGAAGUGACGAAGGCCAGUGGAGCAGGGAGAACGGAGGACUAGAAGGACUUGGGGGGAAGGAAAUGAUUGGCGGACGCCAGGCCUGGGAAGGGAAGGGCGGCGAGGCAGUGAAACCAGCGGCCAUUGUGGUUGGCAGACAGAGAAUGGACCGACCGCUGAGACCCGGUAACCUGGACAACCGGGGCGUUGCCCACAUGUCCAAUCAGGCACAAACGCAUCACCACGCUGUCAACAAGCUGCAGCAGCAACACCUGAUGGCGGCAAAACGUCGAGCGCUAAUGGAGCGCAGCAUGACCGCCAUGGCGCCUCAUGAAGAUGCCUUCCUGACCAUGAUGGUGUUCCGUAUCGGGAUCCCUGACAUCAAACAGACACGAUGCCUCCAGUUUGACCAGGACUGCACCGUGUGGAGCGCCAAGCAGCAGAUCAUCUGUUCGCUUGGUGAGUCCCUGUGGGACGUCUACAACUACGGACUCUUCCAGCCGGCUGGAGAAGGACGAGAUGCCAAGUUCCUGGAGGAGGAGCGCCCCCUACGGGACUAUGCACGCACCUUUGAGAAAGGGGUUCCCUACCUCGAGUUUCGGUAUAAAACCAGAGUUUACAAACAGACCAACCUGGAUGAGAAGGCUCUGGCUAAGCUCAGCACCAAGGCCAGCCAGAAGAAGUUUCUGGAAUACGUCCAGACUGGAGUGAUGGAAAAAAUGGCAAAAGUUCUGGAAAAAGGUCUGGAUCCAAAUUUUCAUGACCCUGACAGCGGAGAGACACCGCUGUCAGUGGCAGUGCAGUCUGGCCUGCCGGUGGACGGCGUCCGGCUGCUGGUUCUGGGCGGGUCCCACAUGGACUUCAGGAGCCGCGAUGGCAUGACGGCGCUGCACAAAGCUGUGAGAGCUCACAACCACGCCGGACUGCUGGCACUUUUGUCACUCGGAGCGUCUCCGGACUACAAGGACCGCUGUGGCCUGACCCCGCUGUACCACACUGUGCUGACAGGGGGCGAAACGUCCUGCUGCGAGACGCUGCUGUAUUACCGGGCGAAGCUGGGCACCAGGGACGAGAACGGCUGGGACGAGAGCCAUCAGCACAGGGAUGAAGAGGAGUUUGGAAUGGAAGAAAUCCAUAAGGCUUGCCAGAACGGCUUUGCUCAACACUUGGAGCAUCUGCUGUUUUAUGGAGCGGACACGGCCUCUCAAAACGCCUCAGGGAACACUGCACUUCACAUUUCAGCGCUCUACAACAAGGAAAGCUGCGUCCGCGUCCUGCUGUACCGGGGGGCCAACAAGGAGGCGAAGAACAAACACGGCCAGACUCCUUUUCAGGUAGCUGUGAUGUCGGGUCACUUUGAGCUUGGAGAGAUUAUUAAAAACCAUAAAGACACGGAUGUUGUUCCCUUUUUAGAGUCACCAAAGUUUGUUCCCAGGCGAAAGGAGAGCGUCCACACGCUGCCUCUCCCGCCGCUCCAUUCCCACCCUCUGCUGCGCGCCAACAGCGACAACACCAUGACCGGCUCCGACCCGCUGAUCCUCCCCGCCAAGGCCGCCACCAACCCGGGGCAGGGCCAACGCCGGGCCUCCAUCGGGGUCAGGAGCUCCAGCAGCCCCCGGAACCGAACCCGGUCCCCGUCCAGAGGCAGAGGAGGCCAGAGCGAUACGGAGGAGCGGCACCGGCAGCCCAGAGGCCGGCAGGGCGCGGCGCCGGGCGGCGGCCAGAUGAAGCGGAUGUACAGCGCGGUGCCGGGCCGGGUUUACGUCGCCAUCCGCUCUCACUCCGCCGGCGGAGACAGAGAACUCUCACUUAACAAAGGCGACAAAGUAAAAGUGCUGAGCGUGGGAGAGGGGGGCUACUGGGAGGGAACGGCGAGAGGACGCACCGGCUGGUUUCCCUCCGACUGCGUGCAGGAAGUGGCGCCGCCCAGCAGAGAGAAGGAGACGCGCAGCAAGAAGGCCAAGAGGAAACUUUUCCGUAACGUCACAGUGGGAGCGUACGACGGUACCGAUGGGCCAAGGGGUUAAUUUCUGCUUCUAAGCAACUUGAUUGGAGGAUGGAAAAGAUUCAAGUUGUGCUAAAGGGAGUUAGCCUAGCAGUGAAGCUAUGCUAGCCUAAAAUAGCAUCAGAAUGCUAAACAUGUAGCAUGUAGCCAAUGUCCAGAUUUCUAAAGCAGCUCUGGAAAGAUGAACUUUGCUUCAACUGAUAUUUGAAAAACAGAUUAAAAGCCAUAAAUAUCUGA